AUGCAGCGAGAUGGAGUUCCUCUUUCUGUUCCUCCAUUGCGGAUUCUGCCUGAGCCCCUGGUUGCUAGGUGCAUUUAUUCUGGCAAAGGUUAUAUGAUUCCUCUGAAUCAUUGUAUGAGCUUUUCUGACUUGUAUGAAGACGUUUUCCGUACGUUCCAGUUUUUGCCAAGAGAUGUUAUUGAGCUUCAGUAUUCACUACCGGGGUGUGAAAUAUGUUUUCUUUGUUCCGAUCGUGAUUUCCAGAUGCUGUUCUACGGUGCUAGAAUACAUAAGUUAGAAUGUGUUGAGAUUUCUGUUUUAAAGAUUGGUGGAAGUUGCAGCAAUACGUGUUCAGUGGAUAUUCGUUCGGGAGGUGUGGAUGAGGAUGAUUAUUUGGGGGAUGCAUUUAGGAUUGAAGUUCACAAGUCGUAUUUGUCUAAUGAGUGGAGUUCCUAUAUUGAUCAUGUUGGGGAUAAGUUUCAUGAUGCAGCUGAUCUCCGUGAGAAACUCAGGAAGUAUGCAAUUGUAGUUGGUUUCAAGUUUGUGUUUUUGAGAAACGAUUUGGACCGUAUUCAUGUGGUUUGUUCAAAUGUUGGAACCGAAGGCUGUGAUUGGCGUCUUCGCGCUCUUUCAUCAUCUCAAAGUGGUUGCCUUUAUAUAACAGAGUUGAAUAAUAUUCACGCUUGUAAAGGUGUAGUUAGGACUCAAAAGCACAAGCUUCUGGGAUCCAAGGUUGUGAAGACUUGCAUUGCUGCUGAUGUUAGCUACAAUCUUUCCCUGAAGCCAAGGGAAAUUAUGAGUAAAUUCAAAUCAACUUAUGGUUUUGAUAUUACCUACAAGGUUGCCUUGAAAGCGAAGCAAAGGGCUACGGAAGCGAUUUAUGGUUCUGAUGCAGAUUCAUUCAGCAAGUUAUCUUGGUAUAAGGAAGCCGUUUUGGAGAGUAAUCCGGGCUCUUCUUUUGUCUUGGAAGUUGACCCAUCCGCUAAUCGUUUUCAUAGGCUUUUCGUAUCAUAUGGAGGUUGUAUUGAAGGAUUCCAAUUAUGUUUACCUGUGUUGUAUGUUGAUGGAACGUUUGGUAAAAGCAUUUACAAGGGUUUCUACCCUCUAGCCAUAUGUUUUUGUGAUUCUGAGACAGAAGCAAAUUGGUCAUUCUUUCUCAAUCAUUUGAAGAGUUUACUGGAACCUCAAGGAAGAGUCAUCACAUUUAUUAGUGAUCGGGGUACCGGUCUUUUGAGUGCUUUUGAUAGGGUAUUUCCUGGACAUCCUCACCUGUUUUGUUACAAGCAACUGGUGGCUAACCUUGCCGGUAAAUAUAGGGGUAAAGGUAAUUCUGUCGUGAUAGAAGAUGUUAAGCAGAAUUUUUUUAAGGUUGCAUAUUCCUCCACCGAGAAGAAAUACCGUUUCAAUUUGCAUAAACUUAGAGAAGUUGGAGGUGCCGAGAUUAUUGACCCUUUUCUUGCUGAAAUUCCAACCAGAAUUAAGCAAAUGGAGCAGAUGGGUGAGAGGAGGGAUGAGGCACAACAUUGGACGACAGAACUAACUCCCAAAAUGGAGGAAAGGUUGAAGAUCAAUUGUUUUCCUUGUCCUCACGGCCUUGCUGCAAUACAAGCUGCCUUGGAGAAUGUCUAUGAUUAUAUUGAUAAGUAUUUUCAUGUUGAUAUGUUCAAGAAGAGCUACAGUUUUCCUAUCCGGCCGAUAACCAAUGUUGAUAUGUCUUCUUCUGAAUCUGCUACUGACUGUAUAUUACCUCCCCUUGCAAAGAGGCCACCCGGGAGGCAUAGGGUUAAGCGGUUCAAGUCGGUUGGAGAGGUGGAAAAGAAGCUGAUUCGUUGUGGCCGUUGCGGCAAAAAGGGCACUCAUAACAAGUUGAGCUGCACAGAACCUCUUGUUCAGCAAUAG